UACUAACACUAUUUAUAGUAUAGUAUAAAAGCUGUGACCUGGGGCUAGUUUAGUCACAGAUAUUUUAUUUGCCAACAGUUACAGGCAAUAAGAUCAUCAGAACAACUUUAAAAAUGAGUGCUGUUUUUAAAAAUACUGUUACAUGUGGAGUUACAACUGAACCUGGCACCCAGGGUUUCCUCAGUUAUGAUUACAUUGAAGGAAGUGAAUGUAGCUUUGAAAUUGAAAAAGAUCCUGGUAGUGGAAAAGGGAUAGGUGUCUUUAAAUACACAAACAAGUUUGGUCAGUAUGGAAAAGCAAACCAAUCCCUUCCUUUUCCAUUUGAUGAAAUCAAAGUGGUAAAUCAAAAGUAUGUAGAGAAAAAGGGUCAGAAAGCUUAUGUUGUUGAAGUGAAGAAGACUAAAACUUUAGAUUUAAAUGAUUAUUUUAGUUAAUUCAAUACUUUUGAAUACUUCAUUUAUCAAAUAGUGACUGUUCAAAAGCUUACUGUUUGUGCUAUUUAUAGAAUGAACAUAUUAUUAUCUUCAUUUUAUGAUAAACGUUGUUUAAUACAUUUAUUUAAUACAUUUCUUUUAUAAAAUAAAAUA